AUGUCGCAACAACAAACGGUCCAAACAAUACUUUUACAAUUUUCGGAGUUGUUUUUGCUUUGCAAAAUAUUGGGGAUUUAUCCUCAAAAUUGGAAAUUAUUUCAACGUCAUCAUGAAUUGAAAAAAUCCAAUAGUGGCGCAUUGUUUGUGGUGUUUGUAAUGCUCGUGAUUAUUGUGCUGUACAAUUUGUUAAUAUUUUCAUUUUCUGAAGAGGAUAGCACACUUAAGGCAUCACAAAGUACUCUGACAUUUGUCAUUGGAAUAUUUCUAACCUAUAUCGGUCUGGUAAUGAUGGUAACGGAUCAACUGAGCGCAAUACGAAAUCAAAAACAUUUAGGUGAAAUCUACGAUCGUAUACGGAAAGUCGACGAACGUCUCUUUAGAGUUGGGUGUGUGGUGAAUAAUUCCGUUUUAGAGAUACGAAUACGCAUCAUGAUCGUACUGACUUUUGUGUGUGAAAUUACAAUUAUGAUUGCGGCCUAUGUUGUGUUACUCGAUCACAGCAAAUUGAGUUCUUUACUGUGGAUAUUUUCGUGUUUACCAACUCUGUACAAUUCAUUGGAUAAAAUAUGGUUUGCUACCACACUGUAUGCAUUGCAACAACGUUUUGCGGUAAUUAAUCGAGCCCUAGAGGAUAUGGUCGAGGAUCAUGAAAGAUAUAAAGCAAUGAUGGCACACAGAAGCAGAAGUGGCAGUAGCAAUAUGGAAAAGAAUAAAAACAUUAUUAAUGAUCUACUGUUUGAUAUUGCCCAGGAAGACAUUUUGAAAUUGAAUUACUUACGCAACGAACUAAGUGGUAGUGGCCUUGCAAAUAAGUUUGGUAAAAAUCGUAUUAAACCUGUAAUAACAGUUGCUAACUCAAUGAAUAACUUCAAUCAAUUUCAAUCCGUUAAAAAACAACCCAAUAAAUCGGCCAUUAACAUCCAUUACGAGAGUGAACUGUGUAAUGUGAGCCGGGUCGAGGAGAAGCUCAACGACUUUUGUCAACUGCACGAUGAGAUCUGUGAAAUUGGUAAAAAAUUAAAUGAAUUGUGGAGUUAUUCAAUUUUGGUAUUGAUGGCAUAUGGAUUUUUAAUAUUUACGGCACAACUAUAUUUUCUUUAUUGCGCUACACAGGAUCAGCCCAUUCCAUCGUUAUUUCUUUCGGCAAAAAAUGCUUUAAUCACAGCGACAUUUCUCCUGUAUACAGCUGGGAAAUGUGUCUAUAUAAUCUAUUUGAGUUGGAGAACUUCAUUGGAAUCGAAACAUACCGGAAUAUGUUUACACAAAUGUGGAGUAGUGGCCGAUGAUAAUAAUCUAUAUGAAAUUAUCAAUCAUUUAUCGCUGAAACUUCUCAAUCAUUCGGUAGAUUUUACAGCCUGCGGAUUCUUUUCAUUGGAUAUGGAAACGUUGUAUGGGGUUGCCGGUGGCAUUACCAGCUAUUUGAUAAUAUUAAUACAAUUUAAUUUGGCUGCACAACAAGCAAAGGAUGCAGCGGGCAGUCAUAACACCAAUGAUCCAUCGCAAUUGUCAGACGGAACCGAAAACUCUUCAGAAACUGGCAAUGACUAUUCCACUUCGUUAACAACCUUAUUAACACCUACUUCAACUGCAAUAUUUACGUCUAGUAGUCCAAUUCCUAAUUAA